AUGACGCCACCCGCCAAAAUGCCGAACGUGGCGUUGAUCCUUGCUACCUGGUUACUGCUGAUCGUUCCUCGAGAUGUUUCGAGCACGGGACAACGAUACACCACCAGCCCGACCCAAGAUCUGGAUAACACUUUGCAAUCGGUGCCGCCUGUCGGGCCGAACGUGUGCAGGUCAAGAUACAAGAAUUACUGUUGCCCCGGUUGGUCAAAGAAGCCUGAGACCGGCCUCUGCGUAAUUCCUAUAUGCGUUAGACGAUGCGGCCCACUGGGCAGAUGCAUCAGGCCGAAUAUUUGCUUGUGCGAUGGUGGCACAGUAUCUUCGUCUUGCAGCAGCAGUCAAACCAAAGUUACUACACACGAAACUGGCAACGCGUUAGAUAGGGGUGAGUCUGGAAGAUGCAGGGUGCAUUGUAUAAAUGGCAACUGCGUGGAUGGCAAAUGUCAAUGUCGUAAUGGAUAUCAGGGCGAAUUUUGUAACGAACCAAUUUGUCGAGAGCCAUGCUUGAACCAAGGAAGAUGUAUUGGUCCAGAUCGUUGUGCAUGUAUCUACGGUUAUACCGGUAGACGAUGUGAAACAGAUUAUAGAACUGGACCGUGUUAUACGAAAGUGAAAAAUGGACAGUGUUUGGCAAAUCUGCAGGGUGUCGUUUGCACGCGACAGUUGUGCUGCGCCACCGUGGGCAAGGGCUGGGGUCACCCUUGCGAAAGGUGUCCCGCCCGACUCGACUGCGAGCUGGGUCACUUGAAGACUAACCAAGGCCAGUGUGUUGAUAUCAAUGAAUGUGAGGCGAUACCAGGCUUAUGCGAGGGUGGCAAGUGCGUGAACACACCGGGUUCAUUUACCUGCGAGUGUCCCGAUGGUCAGGCCAGAGAUCCCGAGACCAACUCUUGCAAAGAUAGAGACGAAUGUCAAGAAGAAGGAAUCUGCGCAGAUGGACGAUGCAUAAACACGAACGGUGGCUAUUAUUGCCUUUGUAAUCCAGGAUUUAUCCAGAGCCAAGACCGAAGAUUCUGUAUCGAUGGAAGACAAGGUCUGUGUUACACGUCCGUGAACAGAAACGGGCAAUGCAAGAAUCGGCUUUCAAUGAGGCUGAGCAAGAAGGAUUGUUGCUGCGGCAAGAACAUGGGACGUGGCUGGGGUGACGAGUGCUACAUCUGUCCGAAUCACGGAAGUGACGAUUACAACAGGCUUUGCUUGCAACAACUGCAGCCGAUCAUCGCGAUAAACGAGUGCGCGCUGAGACCGGACAUUUGCGGAAACGGGAAGUGUAUAGACACAAAGGACGGAUACGAGUGCGCCUGUUAUCCUGGAUUCACGAAGAAGGCUGGCAGAUGCGAGGACGUUGACGAGUGUCUGUUGGGAUAUUGCCAAGGUGGUACUUGUCAGAAUUACGAAGGAAGCUUCACGUGUGAGUGCCCGCCGGGAUUCGUCGUUUCUGGUGAAGGCAGAUAUUGCACGGAUCACGAUGAAUGUCAGGACACCGGAAUGUGCAAUAAUGGGCAUUGCAUCAACAUGAACGGAUCUUUCAAAUGCAAGUGCAACGACGGUUACACUUUAUCUCCUACAAAAAAUACUUGCAUCGAUAUCAAUGAAUGUGCCGACAAUCCAAGAAUUUGUUUAAACGGUCGAUGUGAAAACACACCAGGAUCGUAUCAUUGUAUUUGUCAAUCUGGAUUUACAGCCUCUCGAGAUAAUACGUUCUGCGUAGACAUGGAUGAGUGUUCAACAAGUGGAAUGUGUGAGAAUGGAAAAUGCGUGAAUAUGGAGGGAUCCUUCAAAUGUGUCUGCGAUUCUGGCUUCCGAAUUGGACCGGACCAGAGUCACUGCAUCGACAUCGACGAAUGCUUGAGUGGCCCGUGCCAAAAUGGUCGCUGCACCAAUACUCCUGGUAGCUUCCGAUGUGAGUGUUAUUCUGGAUUGAAUCUGGGACCAGAUGGAAGAUCUUGUUUAGAUACGAGGAGAGACCUAUGCUAUUCCCAGUACAGAGACGGACAAUGCUCGAAUCCUACAUCGACAGCAGUAACAAAAUCAAGUUGCUGCUGUUGUACUGUAAUACUAGGACAACCUAUGGGCUGGGGAAGCACAUGUCAACCCUGUCCACUCCCGGGUACCAGCGAAUUUGACGCAUUGUGUCCACAUGGCGCAGGAAUGACUUACAAUGGAGAUGAUAUCAACGAGUGCGCACAGAAUCCGAAUAUCUGUGUGAACGGUGGCUGCGAGAAUCUUAUGGGGACCUAUCGUUGCAUCUGCGACAGUGGCUACGAGGUAGAUGCUACAGGAAAAGUUUGCAGCGAUAUAAACGAAUGUGAAUUGGAGGAGUCAUUGUGCAGUGGUGGUCAAUGUCGAAACAUCCCUGGGAGCUUCCAGUGUGUUUGCCCGACUGGCACGAGAUUCAACACGGGCAACCAUAUGUGUGAGGACAUCGACGAGUGCGAGGAACUUGGACCAGAUGUUUGUUUGAACGGAAUCUGUGUAAAUGUUCCGGGUUCCUACGAGUGCGAGUGUUCUCCUGGGUACAUUCUGGAUCACACUGGCCACAUUUGCAUGGACAACAGGAGAGGUUCCUGCUGGACCAAGAUGAUAGAUGGUCGAUGCGAGUACAAUUUGCCCAGACUGGCACUGAAAUCUGAGUGCUGCUGCUCGGUGGGUGUAGCCUGGGGAAGCCCGUGCGAACUCUGCGACCGUUCAAUCUGCGAAUGUUCUAAGGGUUACGCGAAAUUCGGCGGGAAAGACUGCGUGGACGUAAACGAAUGCGAAUUAAACAGUGGUAUCUGCAAAGGUGGAGGCACGUGCGUGAACACCGAUGGAUCUUAUCGUUGCGAAUGCCCUCCUGGUUUAACUUUAGAUGCAACGCAUAUCACUUGCAUAGACACGAGGCAAGAGACUUGUUAUUUGGACUAUCGCCAUGGACAGUGCACAAAUGCGAUAGAAGGACAAUUUUCUAAGAGUCUGUGUUGCUGUUCUGUGGGUCGUGCAUGGGGUAGCGAAAGAUGCGAAUCCUGUCCAAAACCAGGCACCCACGCGCAUCAAGAACUAUGUCCAAGAGGAGACGGUUUUACAGACAAACAGGACAUCAACGAAUGUAUCGAGUUUCCUGGAAUGUGUCUAAACGGAAGAUGCAAGAACACGGUUGGCAGUUUCAGUUGCAAGUGUAACCAAGGUUUUGCAUUGGACGAACAUGGAAUUAAAUGUAACGACAUCGAUGAAUGCGAGAUCAUGCAUGGAGUGUGCGGAAACGGGACCUGCAGAAAUACGCCUGGCAAUUUUCAAUGUGAUUGCAAUCCUGGAUAUCGCAGCAGCGAUAUAAUGAAAAUUUGCAUGGAUAUAAACGAAUGCGAGGAGAUACCAGGACUGUGUCGAGGAGGAACCUGCAUCAACACCGAGGGCAGCUUCAAAUGUCAAUGCCCGCCUGGUCACGAGUUGAGUCCUGACAAGCAGUCCUGCAAGGAUAUCGACGAGUGCUCGAGAACCAGUGGGAUCUGUUCGAACGGCGUUUGCGAGAACAUGAUGGGCACUUAUCAGUGCAUAUGCGACGAUGGUUAUCAGCAAACUGGAUUGAAGUCUCACUGCGAAGACAUAAACGAAUGCGCUACCAACAACGGUGGCUGCGAGGACAUCUGCCUGAACAUGCCUGGAAGCUUUUCUUGUUCUUGCAGCACUGGAUUCGCGUUGAAUCUCGAUGGUCGAUCGUGCGUGGACAUCGACGAAUGUAAAGAAAACCCGCGAAUCUGUAACGGAGGAAAAUGCACUAAUAUAGCUGGCGGCUACAUAUGUACUUGCACCGAUGGAUUAAUCCCUGGCAAGGAUAGUGCCUCUUGCAUUGAUGUCGACGAGUGUACCACGCGGCCAAACAUUUGUGGCUAUGGUGAAUGUUACAAUACCAUUGGUUCUUACAAUUGUCGAUGCGAAGAAGGAUAUUCGGUGAAGCCAGACCAAGGUCCAGGAUGCACCGACGAUGACGAAUGUCUCUUAAACGCGUAUUCCUGUAGCGAAUUCGCGGAAUGUCAGAACACGCAAGGUUCAUAUGAGUGCACGUGCCAUGAAGGUUUUGUAGGGAAUGGGGUUGAGUGCAGAGAUAUCAAUGAGUGUCUAACGAAUAACGGGGGAUGCGAUUCUAAUGCGCAGUGUAUAAAUACCGAGGGAUCCUUUAAGUGCGUCUGUGACGCUGGCUUUAGAGGCGAUGGCUAUGCCUGCAAGGACAUCGAUGAAUGCGCCAAUGACAAUACUCUCUGUGAAAAUGGACACUGUCUCAAUUACCCUGGGUCAUUUCGAUGCGAAUGUGAAAUGGGCUUCAUGCAUCCUGACGAAAAUAACGAGCAAACUUGUGUGGAUAUAAACGAGUGCGAGAUGUUCAGUAAUCUCUGUGUAUUUGGGCGGUGUGAGAAUAUAUUCGGUAUGUUCCGCUGCGAGUGCAACGAAGGCUACAAGUUGGAUGGUUCAGGUGGAAAUUGUACAGAUAUCGAUGAAUGUGAGAAUCCACAGUCGUGUCAGUAUGGCACGUGCAUAAAUACUCAGGGGAAAUAUAUUUGCAAGUGUCCGCCUUAUUACGAGUUAGUCGAAGCUGGAAACGCCUGUGUAGAUAGACGAAAAUCGAUGUGUUUCACCGGUUUCGAACACGGUACCGGAAAACCGCAGUGCAUCUUCGACGUAGCUUCUUCAGUUACCAAAGCGACCUGUUGCUGCAGUAUUGGCAACGCUUGGGGAAAUCGCUGCGAGGAGUGUCCUCGCGCUGGAACCAAAGAAUUCGAGGAAUUAUGUCCCGGUGGUUCCGGGUACAGACCCAAUCAGGAGACUGUCAUUUUAGAGGACAUCAACGAAUGCGAGGAACACGAGAAUAUUUGUCAGAAUGGUCAUUGUACUAAUACUUUUGGUAGCUUUAUGUGCUCCUGCAACGAGGGCUUUAUUUUGGAUGACACUAAAACCAGUUGUAUAGACAUAGAUGAAUGUGCUUUGCAUCCACAAAUAUGCGGAGUAGGUCGCUGCAUCAACGAUCAAGGAAAAUAUCAUUGCGAAUGUCCGGAAGGAUAUAUGGCAAUGCCAGGAGGAAAGGAAUGUGUCGAUAUGCGAAAGGAAUCGUGUUACCUAAAUUACGAGGAUGGUCAAUGUUUCAAUCCCAUGAUGCAACCACAAACGAAAAUGUUGUGCUGUUGUUCCAUGGGAGCUGCUUGGGGAAGUCCUUGUGAGAAAUGUCCAGCUGAUAGAACUCGAGAGCACGACAUUCUAUGUGGCAUGGUACCAGGUCAAAUAAUGAAUCCCAUAACGAAUCAUACGGAAGAAAUCGACGAGUGCGCCCUUAUGCCAACAAUGUGCACUCACGGUCGUUGCAUGAAUACUCCUGGCAGUUUUGAGUGCCAGUGUGAUCGAGGAUACGUGUAUGAUCAGGAUUCGCAUCAGUGCAUCGAUGAAAACGAAUGUUUGCAGAUUCCAAAUCCUUGCAGUGGCAACGCGCAAUGUAUAAACAAGCAAGGUUACUUCGAAUGCGUUUGCCCAGCAGGAUACAAACUAGGCCUCAGCCAACGAGACUGUGUGGAUAUCGACGAGUGCUACGAACGACCCGGAAUUUGCAACAAUGGUGCAUGUAACAACUUGCAAGGUAGCUUCCAGUGCGUCUGCCGUCUUGGUUUCGCAUUAACGAGAGAUAGAGAUAACUGCGUGGACAUCGACGAGUGUCAACGCAAUCCGAAUAUUUGCAACAAUGGAACUUGCGUAAAUACACUUGGAUCGUACAAAUGCAUCUGCUAUCAAGGAUUCAAGCUAAGCCCUAAUAAUGAUUGCGCUGACAUCGACGAGUGUCGAAUAAUGCCAUUCCUAUGUCGCAAUGGAAGAUGUCGAAAUACAAUUGGCGCUUUCAACUGUGAAUGUGCUGAUGGCUAUGUGUUGGCCCAAGAUGGUCAGCACUGUAGAGACAUCGACGAGUGUCACGAAAUUCCUGGACUCUGUCCGUCACCAGGAAAAUGUCAGAACUUGAUGGGAUCGUACAUAUGCAACUGCCCUCCGGGUUACGAGUUGGAUCACACGAGAAAGAAGUGCGUCGAUGUGGACGAAUGCGAGGAGACGCAAGGAAUUUGUGAAAACGGUCGCUGCAUCAAUACAGAAGGAGGAGUGAUCUGUGAAUGUCCUGUUGGAUACAAAUUAAGCGACAAACCAAAUUCGAUGCGGUGCAUCGAUGUCAGAGAAGAACUCUGUUACGAUCGGUAUAUAAGACACGGUGCACGAUGUUCUUCUCCUCGAACAGGCGCCAUGACGAAAAAACAUUGUUGUUGCACUAUGGGAAAAGCGUGGGGGAAAUACUGCGAAGAGUGUCCUCCAGAAGACAGCGAGGAAUUCAAAAGGCUAUGUCCGGAGGGACCAGGCAGAGAUGACACAGGGAUCGACUUGAACGAGUGUCUGUUCAUGCCAGAUGCCUGUGUCGGUGGCGAGUGUAUCAACACUGAUGGUUCCUUCCGGUGUGAGUGUCCCUCUGGAUACGUAUUAGAUGCAAGUGGCAGGCGUUGCAUUGAUAAUAACGAAUGCUUGUCCCAACAAAAUAUCUGUGGCAAUGGAACGUGCACGAAUAUUGACGGUGGUUUCGAGUGUUCCUGUAACGAAGGAUUCACUCCUGGAGUAAAUCAAGUUUGCGAAGAUGUGAACGAGUGUCUGGAAAUCGGCAACCAGUGCGCGUUCCGGUGUCACAAUGCGCCUGGUUCUUUCAGAUGCAUUUGUCCUUAUGGUUACACUUUGGCUCCCGAUGGACGACAUUGUAUAGACGUGGACGAGUGCGCAACACCAGCGAACAGUUGCAAAUAUCAAUGCAAGAAUCUUAUUGGUUCCUUUAUGUGCAUCUGUCCACCUGGAUAUCAACAAAUCGGUAUGGCUGACGAGUGUAAGGAUAUCGAUGAAUGUGCGAUUAAUUCAGGCCUAUGUCGAAAUGGUCGAUGCGUCAAUCUAGAGGCUAGUUAUCAAUGUCUCUGCUAUGAUGGCUUCGAACAGAGUCCUGAUGGAAAAUCUUGCAUAGAUCGCAGAAUAGGUUAUUGUUUCUUGCAAACGAUCGCUGGCAGAUGCACCACAAGAGCUUCCGACGUAAAGACAGUGACAAAAGCAGACUGUUGUUGCACAAUGGGCGCAGCUUGGGGCCCGUAUUGUGAGAUUUGUCCAUCCAAAGAUUCUGACAAUUAUAACGAACUCUGUUUGGACAAAGGUUUUUCAAUAGACGGUCAAGAUAUCGAUGAAUGUAAAACGAUUCCUGACUUGUGCAGAAACGGGUUGUGUAUCAAUACGCUUGGUUCUUAUAGAUGUGUAUGUAAUAAGGGUUACAAGGCUGAUAAAUCUGGAACCCAAUGCGUUGACAUAAACGAGUGCGAGCUAACGCCAAGGCCAUGCAAAUAUAAUUGCCAGAACACGGAAGGAAGUUUCAUCUGUUCCUGUCCUGCCGGUUUCAUCUUAAAUCCUGAUGGCGUCAGUUGUAGAGAUCUGGACGAAUGUGCGACUGGAAAUCAUCUGUGCCAACAGAAUUGUAUCAACACUCAAGGCAGUUACACUUGUGGCUGCCAGGAAGGUUAUACGCAAGAUGGAGAUGCUUGUCAUGAUAUAAACGAGUGCGACCAGGCUGGAACUUGUCCGAAACCGGGUACUUGUGUCAAUACUCUUGGCAGUUUCCGUUGUAUUUGUCCGAGAGGAUUCAAGCUCGAUCAAUCUGGACGAAUCUGCGUGGAUCAGAACGAGUGCGCUGACGAUACCACGUGCGAACACGGUUGCCAGAACUUUAUGGGAAGCUACCGUUGCGGAUGUCCCGAAGGAUUCGUUCAACAUCUUUACUAUAAUCAGUGCAUUGACGAAAACGAAUGCAACACAUCUCCAUGUGGGGACAACACUUGCAUCAACACGAUUGGUAGCUAUAAAUGUGGCUGCCCGGAUGGUUACCAGUUCGAUAGUAAUUUGCAAAUAUGUGUUCAGGUUAGCGCCGGGUGCAUCGGAAGUCCUUGCGCCUUUGGAUGCACUCCCAAUGGAGCUAACGGUUUCAUAUGUGGAUGUCCCACUGGAUAUCAACGAAUUGGACAGGGUCAUUGUCUGUCGACGAUAAACCCACUAUCGCAAGGACAUUACGGCGAGGAUAUUAGCAACGCGCCCACCUUCGUGAUAAAUCCAGAUCCUUAUCACAUACCACCUGCGGAUGAUAAAACUAUAUCGACAGAAGGUUGCUUCUCUUGCAAGGUCAAUGGCAAAGGAAGACACAGAAGAGACUCACGAUCGAAAUCGAUGGACCAAGAAUUGAGUUCACGAAGAAACGAAAUUAUAAAGAGGCGGUUCGCCAGAUCAGCGAAAAGGCACCAUCAUGGCGAGGAACAUGUUCUUAAAAUCAGUCUGAGGCAGACCCGGCACCGAAUGAGAAUCAUUAAAUUGCAGCCGGCUGUCAAGGAUGAAGACAUGGAAUACACGAUAGUUAAAGGAAACAACGACAACCACUUUGAGAUAGUGAACGAGCACGGAAUAUCGGCUCUUCACUUCCGCAAUCGAUUAAAGGAACCUGGUCAAUUCCGAUUGGUAAUCCAUGGACGUCCACGAAACGGCAUCAGCGAGGAGAACGAGGUCUGGGAAAGGCCUCUGACCUUUAGAGUACACAUAAUAGUAACCGAGUAAUUCUUAGGGAAACGUUGCUCGAUGUUUCGGUUCUUUUAGUCAAUUUUUACGUUGCCACUCAGAAUACCGAAACGGAAGCUAAUCCGAGCGGGAACGAGAGAUUGCCGGGCUGAGUAUUAUACAGGCACGAUUCCAUUCUCGAAUUAGACGCUUUGAAAUUUGUGUUCAUUUGCAGCCUGACUCGCGUCGUCUCACUGCCAAAUAAUUAUUCUUAUUCUUUCUUUUUACGUUGCUAUGUAAAAUGAUUCUUUAACACUGCCUCUGCUUUUACGUAUUUUCGUUCAUUUUUAUUUUUUACGAUAGAUAUGUUGUUUUUUUUUAAACAUUUGAUAUUUAACGAUCGAAAUAAUCGAGUAAAUAAUCGAGAAUGCAAAUGUUUUGUAGAAAAAUAUUAAAAGGAAUAGGUUAAUGUUAAAAAUACACAUGGAAACACGAAACUGCCCUCAGAAUCUCUGCCGUAUGUUUUAACUGCCCGCAGUAACAUGUUACACGUAGAAAUAACACUCUAGGGAUGUACAAAACGGAAAUGAAUUUUUCUAUUAAACCUAAGUAAAUGAAAAAGAUGUAUACAUAUACAGACAUAGCUUUAUAUAUUUAUAAACGUUUAUAGUCUACUAGCAGGUAACAAAACGAAUUAGCGCGAACUGAUGUAGAGAUCGUAGAUUAAAUUAACCCUAGCAUCGGCAAUUCUUUUGAUAAACUUUUUAUUUUCUAGCGAAAAUACCCGAAAAUCGCUCUGAAUUCAUUCGAUCAUUCGAUAUUUUUACGUCAAAACUUAUGCAAAAAUUUCAAAUAGCAAAAAUUCACAGCAUUUUGAUUGUCUACAUAUAGGGUUAAUCGAGAUUAUCAACACAGAAAUAACGAGAUCGGUAAUUUUAUACCAAAAUUGUAGAUGGUUCUCGAUAAAUGUCUAUAUUUCUCUCAUACAGUUGCACAAAGUGCCUUCAGGACAAUUAAAAGAGAAUUAUAUAAGGAAGGUAAUGUUAAUCGACCCGAUAAUAUGUACAAUUUAAUUAAUAGCGAUCACUGUGUAACCUUAAUUGUGUCAUUAAGGCGAACACACUCGAUCGUUCUUACGAUAAAUAUGUGAAUAAUUUUCUGAGACUAUGACGGAUAAUUUUGUACAAUCGGCGCGGACAAGAAGAUUAUUCCAGCCGAGAUGGUUCACAAAUAUAUGUAUUAUAAAUCUA